GUCGUGGCCUAGCAGUGAGCCAAACUGGAUAUCAACGCGAUAUAGCUGUGUAGUAGUCGCAGGAACAUCUGGCAGUAACGCCAACCAACAUCCUGCACCAGUAGCCAAGCUCUGCUGCAUCGAGAGCGAGUAAAAUACACCGGGAUCACAAAGAUGCUGCUGCUCAGGCUGCUGCUAAGCAUCACAGCGGCGACGGCCCUCGUCUGCACGCCCGCGCAGCCUCGACCGCGGCACGUCCUGCACGCGGCAGCGACGGACGCCGACGCCGCGCGCCUCACGGCGACGCUCGCCUCGAGCACGGUGGGCCGGUCGUUCAACUUCGAGUGCCAGAAGCAGUGCUGGUUCAUCCGGCGCCUCCCGGGCGCGUACCAGGUCACGGCCGACGGCGUCGAGAUCGUCGCCGAGGGCCCGCGAUCAAAACUGGAAGCGUUUGAAAGGUGGCUCGUCAAGGCGACGACGGACACGGAGUCCUUCGCGGCGGAGUCCGGCGACGGCGCGGGGCCCAAGAGCGUCAGCUACGGCGCCGCGACGGGCGACUUGGAGGGCUGGACGUCGCGGGGCGCCGCGCUCGACGCGCUGAAGAGCGCCGAGGGCCCGGGCUUCCUCGGCGCGCCGAGCGGCGCCGACGAGUCCACGAACGACGCCGAGCUCGCGGACGCGAUGGCGGAACAGGCUGUCGUGGAGAUCGACUACGAGGCCGCCGCCGCGGUCGCGGCGACGAAGGGCGUCGUUGGGACCGUUCCUCAGAGCGUCCGCGAGGAUUUAGUAGGACGCCAGUUCGGCAGCGCCGUGCUCGACGCGCCGGAGCCGAAGCUACGGGACCUUGACGACGAUCUCGACUUCCUCGACUUGACGGAAGAUGAGUUGGAGGCCUUCGCCAAGGAGCUGGCGGGCGUGUAAAUUAUGCGCUUAUUCAUCAAAAAACAAAAUCUUAGUCUCAUACUAGGCCUCCGGAGC